GCUACAGAAGUUGGCACCACUCAAGAUUGUACUCCACUUUCAGUCGAUAUUGAAGGGUCGGGCGGUUCCUCCAUUGAGCCUACUAACUUGCUCGCGGCCCAAUAGUCUUUGCGUGAGUUCUUGGCCCAUGAGCCCACAGGAUACAAGCUGGAGACAGCAUCGCCGCCGCCACAUCGCCGCUGGCGCUCUAAUCCCAGCUCGCGUCGAAGCUUCUUGGCAGUGUUGAAACGAGCGACGAUGGUGCUUACGAACUUCAAUGGAACUGGGGUUGGAUUCGGGUUCGGAGUCGGGUGCGGGUUCGGUGUCGGUUGGGGUUUUGGAGGCAUGCCAUUAAACUUCCUGGGCCUUGGUGCAGGUGGAGGCUGUGGUGUUGGAUUAGGCCUUGGAUGGGGAUUUGGCACUGCCUUUGGAAGUCAGUAUCGGUCAUCUACGCUAACGUUCCAAGGCAUUGAAUUCUCAAGCAAGGAUCAAGGUGCAGAUAAGGAGUUGAAAGAUUUAACCAAGUAGUUGUGGAGUUCGUGCUUUGGAGUAACUUGCCGCUUCUGCAUAUUUCACAUGCUAUGGUUGCGUCCCACUAAUCUAGAAGCUCCAAAAUCCCAUUGUAUGUGCUCUUUACCCUCAUACAGGACACUACUGUGUAUGAAUCUGGGAAGUUUGUGCAACUGAAAGAGCUCUUAGAUUCUCCAUUUUAAUGAAUGCACAAGGCCAAUAACUCUGUUUC